AUUUCACAACCACAAUAAAACUAUAAAUAGUAAAAAAAAAAACUAGAGACUAUAUAAAUAAGGACCACUAAUUUUUAAAUUCAGAUUUCAGAGUGAUGUAAACAGGAGUUGGAUUUUCCGGUAAAUAUAAAUGAGUAAAUGAGCCUCAUCCGGUCAUACUACCCCAGUCAGUCAGUCCCCACUAAAAUUCCCUUUGACCAUCAAAUUAACAAACCCCACCAACCCAACCAUGGUUAAAAACCCUAACCAUUGAACCACACGUGUGGGAGAUGAAUGGGUGUGUGUGUGUGUGUGCAUAUAAUAGUACAAAUCCGUCAGAAUAUAAACGCAGAGAAAUGUCCCUCUGUUCCUAUUUCGUAUAUAACCCAUCACUCCCCCAACAAAGUUAAAGAGAAUUUGCAGUCUUCUCUGUUUUUAGUAUUACUCUCUCUAGUUCUUGUCCCUCCAAUUUUCUACAUUCUCUCUCUCUCUCUCCUUUUUUUUUUCAAAUUUUUAAAACACGUGCGGAGGGGAAAGAAGGAAUUUAAAGGAGGGGGGAAGGUGUGAGUAGAAACAUGCCUGGGAGUUUGGAGCCGUUGGAUAUCGGCGUGCACAUACCGUACCAUUUCCGGUGCCCGAUUUCCUUAGAGCUGAUGUGUGACCCGGUCACCGUUUGUACCGGUCAAACUUACGACCGCUCCAGCAUAGAAUCGUGGGUGGGUACCGGGAACACCACGUGUCCGGUUACCCGGGUCCCGCUCUCCGAUUUCACCCUAAUCCCGAACCACACGCUACGGCGGUUGAUUCAGGAGUGGUGCGUUGCGAACCGUUCCUUCGGUGUUGAACGGAUACCGACUCCGAAGCAACCUGCCGAACCGAAUUUGGUUCGGACUUUGUUGAGUCAGGCUUCUUCCGGAUCGGCUCCGUUUAGCCUGAGGGUUUCGGCUUUGAGGAGGCUGAGGGGGCUGGCGCGUGACUCGGAUAAGAACCGGUCGGUUAUUGCAGCUCUGAACGCGCGUGAGAUUCUACUCUCCGUUGUUUUCGCGGAUGUGGUUUCGCAGCCGUCGGAGUUGAAUCUGGAGUCGAUUGCGAUUCUGUCGAUGUUCACGCUCUCUGAACCGGAGUGCUUGUACGUGGCCUCCGAUCCCGACCGGGUGUGUUACUUGGUGAAUUUACUGUUCCAUUCGUCGAUCGACGUCCGUGUGAACUCGGCGGCGGUGAUCGAGAAUGUUGUGGCGGGGAUACGGUCGCCGGAGUUUCGGACGCAAAUCAGUUGCUCCGACGGGGUUUUCGAGGGAAUCGUCGGGAUUCUGAGCUAUCCUGUGGCUUACAAUAGGGCGCUGAAGGUCGGGAUCAAGGCGUUGUUCGCUCUGUGUUUGGUGAAACAGCACCGGCACAAGGCGGUGGCGGCGGGGGCGGUGGAGGCGCUGAUCGACAGGCUGGCGGAGUUCGAGAAGUGCGAUGCGGAGCGGGCGCUGGCGACGGUGGAGCUGCUCUGCAGAUUUCCGUCCGGCUGCGCGGCGUUUGCGUCGCACGCGCUGACGGUCCCGCUGCUGGUGAAGAUAAUACUGAAG